GUGUUCCUGCAGCUUCAGGGUUGAAAUAAUCACUGUGUUUCCUGAAGAGUGGUUCUUAACAUGGUAUAUGACAAUAAACGUGAUCCACGACCAAAUGCACGACAUGCAUACCAGCAAGUGACUGGUGCAUGACGAUGCAAAGCUGUGGGCGGUUUCAGACAGGAUACCUGCGCAUCGGAUUUUGUUAAAAAAAAAAAAAAAAUAAUAUAUACUUUAGAUACAGUUCUACAUUAUGACCAAAGCAUUACAAACACAGUGUCUGGCAUUUGUAAUGCUGCGCCAGGUUUAAUAAGUGACCAGAGUGAGCCACGUGGCUAACGCCGAAUUAAUUGCCAUGGCAACGAAAGAAGGUGACGUUCCUCGGCGGGCGACGGUUUGAAUUUGAAUCUGUCGUUGAGGUGCGCGAGGUAACGGGAGUCCUGUACUGUUUUCGUGUUUCAAACCCAACCACAGAGCUUGUGUUUUAUAUCGUUUACUGUCAGUACCUCAUUUAAUUUGUAUCGUUAUUAUGGAAUAUACAAUUUCGGGUCAGUUUUUUUUUAUUUUUUUUUUUACUGUAAAUAAUAGUAAUGAUUCACUUUGUGGAAAGCCGAGGGCCCGCUAUCGAGGUCUCGGGUCUGGAAUGGUUUGAAGUUACCGUUGAACCAGGGGCAGGUAAGAAACAUGUGGGACACAAAAUAUAUAUAGUUUUUGCUCAAAAGAGCCAACUUCCCAACGCUUCGUAUUUAUACACCGUAUUUAUACAUAUUUGUGUUUGUAUUUGUGGUUUAGGAACCUGGUUUCAGGAGACUAUAGGUUUCAGGCCGCUACAGGACACACCAGUGGAGACUGUACCUGAAAAAGUGGCUUUAUGUGUUCCUUCAGCGUAAUGUUUUUACAAUAACAAAUACCGGUAAAUAAAUAAAUACAUAAAUAGAAGGGUUACAUUUUUUCAAACAAUGUUCACAAAGUAUGGCGAAUCUAGACGGUUUAGAAUUUGUGGCUAGUUUUAAGUUGACCCAUUCACACGGUGAACAUUGCUUAAUUGCCAGAAGAAAAAAAAAAUAAAAUAAAAAGUUGCCUGUACAAUUUUUCUAGUGAACAAUAUCAAUGUUUUAGAACAGUCACUUCUGAACAAUAUUCAUAUUUUACAACAGUCACUUCUGAACAAUAUUCAUAUUUUACAACAGUCACUUCUGAACAAUAUUCAUAUUUUAGAACAGUCACUUCUGAACAAUAUUCAUAUUUUACAACAGUCACUUCUGAACAAUAUUCAUAUUUUACAACAGUCACUUCUGAACAAUAUUCAUAUUUUACAACAGUCACUUCUGAACAAUAUUCAUAUUUUAGAACAGUCACUUCUGAACAAUAUUCAUAUUUUACAACAGUCACUUCUGAACAAUAUUCAUAUUUUACAACAGUCACUUCUGAACAAUAUUCAUAUUUUACAACAGUCACUUCUGAACAAUAUUCAUAUUUUAGAACAGUCACUUCUGAACAAUAUUCAUAUUUUAGAACAGUCACUUCUGAACAAUAUUCAUAUUUUAGAAGUCACUUCUGAACACAUUUUACACAGUUGUCUGAAACGUCGUGUAUAUAUACUUCCUUUCAAAAAACACUCUUUGCUGGUUUGUAAAGAUAUCAUCAGAAAUGUGCAAACCCGUUUUGACACUGCAAACCGAUGAAACCAACAUGUUUGACAUGAAACCGUUUUUUUUAUUUUUGACUGUGCUUUUAUUAUAAAGAGGAAGUCUAUCCUCUGAGACAAUCGCAGAAGUUACCCCGCAGGGUCAAGUCACUUCUGAAGAAACAAAGCACUCUUUGAACACCGCUAUGCUGCGCUGGCUGUUCCAGCUGUGGACUCUGCAGAGCCUGUUCAUCCGGGCACCAGCUACUGAAGAGGUGGAGCCGGAGGUGCUGUAUUUUAACGGAUACACCAGUGAGGUGGUUUUAAACGCAACGGGUCACCCGGCUGCCGCGGCGGUGUCCUGGGAUUGGGGGUCCCAUGACGGAAGGGUCCGGAGCGUCACGCUGCUUGCGGCUGAGUUUUCCGGAGGCUCUGUUAGUUAUUUCAAUAGCUCGGGUUUCAACGCAGCCCUGGAGUUCGGAGACUGUUGCGCCCUGAAGAUAAAGAGACCCAGGUUCGACAGCGCCGGGUCUUUCACCCUGAGACAAAUCGCGCCAGGUCCUAAGAUUCUGGCUCGGUAUGAACUGGUUGGCUUGCAAGUUUCUACAUCAUCGGAAUAUUAUAGAAGGGAUUUUGAAGAUGUUACACUGAGGUGCUCAGCCUCUAAACUGUUACCGAACAGUUUCAGCCUCGCGUGGAAAACAGACGGAGUCUAUGAAGAGAAGAACUCAGUACUGCGGUUUGAUAACGCACUGUACUUCAUCAUGAGGCAGGACUGCAAACGUCUCUCAGCGCUUUGCCGCUGUGAACUGCAAUACAACGGGACUGUGCUGCAGAGUGAAUCAGUGCACCUUUAUUCUGAUUUCCAUAUGAGAGGCUACAGAAAUCGAUUACGAUCAAAGUUCUACAGAACAAGUUUGCCGGAAAGUCAAUUUGUGAUACCAAGAUUAAGCUACAGUUACUUUCAUUUCCUUUCACGCCGAUAUACAGUAUACUGGGUGCCACAAUCAUCACAUUAUGAACCAUCAACAAUAGCGCACGUAGAGGGAUAUGAAUUAAAUACAACAUCAGAGCACUUUGAAAACCGCACAUCCUUCUAUGUGGAAUCCAGUCACUAUGGAAUAUCCUGUAUACAGAUUUCACCGGUACUGUUUGAAGAUGCGGGAGAAUACACAACCGGAGGAGACCGUGAAGAUAAUUACAGAACGUUUGAGAUGGAUUACCGCUUAAUAACAAUUCAAGUCUCAGUGGCUGUUGAAGGCAGCAGCGUGUCUCUACACUGCACUGCCUCCAGCCUCCCUGCCUCGACCAGGCUGCUCUGGAUUGACUGGGAGGGCAGGGAGGCUGUGUCGGGGCAGGAGGGAGGCAACAGGACCCUGACCCUGGAGGUACCUACAGAUGUACAGCGAGGAGAGUGGACCUGCGCCCUGCUAGAGGGAGGAUUUCCAAAAGCAGUCUACCCUUACCAGCUGCACACCAGCACAGUCACAGAGCUGUUGGACGGCUGUUUCACUGACUCUGUGCUGUUCUGUGUGCUGGUGGGAUAUCUGACUGUCAAAACUGCAGCCUGUGUGGCGCUUUGGUUCUGCUUCAAGAAACGUCUCGAUAUCGAGGUGGAGAAGGAAAUGAGACCCAAUAGGCUCAGCGCUGCCACGGCAAGGGAUAACAAUUCAACCAUGUUUUCAAUGCAAGUUUCUGGGGAGUGAAGAACUCGGCUCCAUAAUUGCUCGGUUUCUAUAUGCAGUUUAUGAAUGAAGAUUAGUAUAAAAUAAUCUGGAAUUUUGUAGUUUGUGCUUUUGUGGUUAAUAAAAAAAAUAAAAAGCUAUUUUAAAUGAA